AACCAUACUAGAAACGUCCACGUUCCAAGUAACAUACAUCCACAAUGAAAUUCCUGGUUGUCGCCGUCGCCCUCUUGGCCGUUGCCCACGCCGAUGUGUCCCACCUGUCGGGCUACAACUAUGCUCCCGUCAGCAUCCCACAGCCGGCUCCAUUGCCCGUGGCCGCGCCCGCUCCCAUCAAGGUUGCGCCCGCUCCCGUGAACACCUACAUUCCCCCCGCACCCGCACCAGCUCCCGUCCAGAUUGAAGUUCCCGCUCCAGCACCCGCUCCAGUGGCCAUUCCCGCUCCUGCUCCCAUCAAGGUUGCCCCCGCUCCAGUGAACACCUACAUUCCCCCCGCACCCGUUCAGGUUGAGAUUCCCGCCCCAGCUCCCGCUCCAGUUGCCAUCCCUGCUCCAGCUCCCAUCAAGGUUGCUCCCGCACCCGUGAACACCUACAUUCCCCCCGCACCCGUGAGCAUCCCAGCCCCAGCUCCUCUGCCCGUCAAGGUCGCCCCAGCUCCCGCUCCCGUUCCCGUCCUGGCUCCUCAGCCCGUUCUGGAGGAGAUCGAGCCCGUGUCCGCCGAUGGCUACCGUUACAAGACCGUCCGCCGUGUGAUCCGUCGCCGUUACUAGAGAGCUACUCCAUCGAUGAUCUCCGCCAGGAG